AUGUUAAGAAAGACAACGGAAUCCUCUAGAAAGAGGCACACAUUCCGUUCUUUCAAAGAAAGAGUGGACUCUCUUAAGAUUGAGCCUCAUUUGAACCUUAGGAAAAGAGUUCAUGAUUAUGCCGAAACUUCACACUUCUUAACAUGUCUAGAACAUUGGAAAGAAGUUAAUAUCAGUGCCAAUUUCACAGAAUUCCUUGAUAAGACAGAAAACGUCUCUCAGACAUUACCUCAGAUCUUGCAUCAUCAAGAUACUAUAUUUGAAGCACUUUGCGUUCAUAUUAAGGUAAUUGAUAAUCACUCCUUACAACCGUUAUUUGAACUUUUAGCACAAUUCAUCCAUGAUCUUGGGCCUGAUUUCAUGCCCUUUUACGAAGACUACUUAAAGCUUGUAUUAGAAGUUGUGAUGACUAUGAACCCUAAUAAUUCUCAAAACAAUCUUGGUUCGUCUCAUGUCCUUGAAUGGGCUUUCAACUGUUUAGCAUUCACCUUUAAGUACUUAUCGCGUACAUUAACUGAAGAUCUCAUACCUACUUUCGAUUUACUUAUGCCUUUACUUCAAUUACAGAAAAGAGUUUAUCUUAGUAGGUUCUGUGCCGAGGCCCUUUCGUUCUUAAUCAGGAAACUGAAGGGUCCAGGAAUGGAUAAUAUUAUUCGUCAUACAAUGAAAAAAGACCUUAUACUUGAUAAUGAUGAAUACGCAAAGACAUUAGUGGUAUUGUAUUCUGAAGCCAUAAAAAACACCAAGGAAACAUUCCAUUCUAAGUCCACUACCAUUAUCUCUAGUUUAGUCUCAAUGAGUUUAGAAAUUGGUGAACCCAAAUACAUCUCUAUUGUCUCAGACAUACUAUUGGAUGUUCUUCAUCACGGGGCUGUGGAAGAGUGUAAAAACUUCUAUAAGGUUGUAUUGGAGAUCAUCAGCAGCCAUAUUGAGAAGAACCAAGAUCAACGUCAACGUCAUGUUCAAUACAUUGGACUCACUCAACUUCUAAUGGCAUUAUCGUUUGCUGAGUCCGGUAGAAAGGUUCCUGAUUGGGAACAACUCACUUCAGUCAUCAUUGACUUGAUAUCGAAGCUUCAACCCACUGUUAACUAUCUGUUAUUGGAAUCAGUACUGUAUUUGAUCAUAGUGUUGAUCCGUAAUGGUGAUUUUCAGGUUUUAACCAAAUACCAUGUCCAACUCUUUGAGUUUGUGCUCAAGACAAACGAAGGUGAAGCCUUUCUUGCGUUUGUUGAUGCUUCUUUGAACACUUCCAAGGAGAAAUUAUUAAGUUUAGGCAUCAAGAAAUAUGUUCAAGACUAUAUCAUGAUGAUGGCAUCCACCAAUGACAAGGAUAACCAUAGAAUGAAGCUAGCAUUAUUCUUAUCAAGAAGUAAAAACCCCAUAGAAUCGUCCCUUUACAUCCCCAAAGCUAUUCAGACUGAUUUGAUAGACAAGUUGCCUUUACAAUUGACCAUGGAACAACAGUUACUUGAUGUUUACUGGAAACUCCUUUUGUUGAACCAUUCCACUACUCUUGAUAAUGAUAAUGAGCAAGCACAACAGAGACUCUUAAAGGUAUUUUAUUCCUUAAUAGCCAAUGGUAAUCUUGACUCCAAGUUCUCAAAGGAUGUUGCUGGUAUCUUAUUGGACUCUAUUGCCGUAACGGUUAAUGAUUCCAAUGAGUUGAGCAAAGUAUUCCAUGAAGCCAUCAACUCUUUGACUCGGUAUCAAGAAUCGUCUAUUUUCAUUGGUUCAUUAACAAAGUUGAUUUCAUCGCCUAAUUUUGAUAUCACUUCAAUUAACACCAUUGACAUUAAUCUGUUGAUGAUUCAAUUGACUCAAAACCUUGCAUUACCUGAUCACCAUUCAAGAUACAACGCAAUCCUUCUCCUAAUGAAACUUAUAAAGGAAUCAAACCACCCUCAAGUACUUCUUGAUAUAAGGAUCCUUGAAGAGAUCCCGUUGACUUUGACCAAUGGAAGAGACAUCACCUUACGUAUUAGAAACUUGGGUAUUGAAUUCAAAAAGAUCAACAACCAUACUGACUUGGAGAAACAUAUCAUGUGUUCCUACUUGUUUGGGUUACUUACAAAUAAGUUCCAACCAUGUUGGAGUGCUGUGGUUGAAGUGGUACCGGAGAUCAUUGAUUGUGGAUGUUCUGAAUUGAUUUGGGACUUGGCCUAUAAGUUCAUUUGCUUUAAUUACAGUAAUCAAAAUGGCCAAUACUAUGAUUCUGCUAUUGAAUUGAGUAACUCCGACUCUGGCUCGGAUUCUGAUAUCUUGCAAUGGCAAGCAAGUGCUAGUCAGAUCUCUUCCAGCUUUGGUAUGGUUCAUCAAAUGCAUUUCUGUAAAUACUAUUGGAUACUGAAGUCCAUAUAUGAAUAUGCACAAACCAUCAGUGCAGACAAUGUCUAUUCUUCAGUCAUGAGAACCAGAGCCUUGGAAAUCCUAGCAGCUAUACCUUCUGUUGCCGAGAAGAAGUCUGAUCGAUUGGUUCCUUUAGUAAUGAGAAGAGAAGGCGGUGAUGGACUUGAUGAUGAGGGUGAAGUUGGAGGUGAAAGUGAUGGUGACACUGAGUCAUCCCAACUUGAACUGUGGACCUUAAAGGAUCGUAAUGAUUUAAUGAGUCUCUUCACCAAAUUCAGAAAAUUAAGGAAGAUCCCAGAUGCUGAAGAUCUCUAUCAACAUUCUUUACGUUUAUUGUGUCACAAACAAUUGCUGGUUCAAAAGAUAGCCUUGGACGUGGUGUUGAAUUAUAACAACAACUCGGUCAACAAAUACAGAGACAACUUGAAGAACUUAUUGGAUGACACUAUCUUCCGGGAUGAAAUCUCCAAGUUCAUUAUGGAAAAGAGUUCUGAAUCUUCUAUAAUUGAGACUCAAGAUAUUAAUGAUGUCAUGCCAUUAAUAUUAAGAAUCCUCUUUGGUAGAGUUCAAGGUUCUACCAGAAGUAAUAGUAAACAGGGGAAGAAGUUUGCUGUGAUCACUGUGUUGCCUAACUUAACCAAUGAACAAAUGAUUGAAUUCUUGUGCUUAGGUUCGAGCAGAACAGGUUAUAUUGAGUACUUUGAAACCUCUUCAUUACCAACAACUAUUGAUCAUUUUGUCAUAAGAAGAUUGAGUGGGUUCAUCAGUUUAUUGGGGGAAGUCUAUGACACUCUUGGACCAAACUAUAAUCAGGUUCUUGAAACAACAAUCAAGCCUUUGGUAUACGGUUUGGUGGUAUCGCAAUCAGUCAUUGACAAUGAUAUGGAUGUUGAAGACCUUGACAACAAUUUAAUCAAGGCUGCAAGAAACGUUAGACAAAAUGGUUUAAGAUGUUUGAAUCAACUCUUCGAACUUUUGGGUGGGUCCUUUAAUUGGGUUGAUUAUGUUCCUUAUAUCUAUGAGUUGAUUGUCAAGCCACGGUUGGUGAACUUUGCUGCUGAAAACUUGCAACAGCCUUCUUCAUUAUUACGAAUCAUCACCAAAUGGAUCAACUCAAACAAUAUGAAUAUCUUUUUGUAUGUUGAUGAUUUUGCAACUACCAACGCCAUUGUUUCCCUUUUAGCUAAUAGAAAUGCUAAAGACUCCGUUAUAGACUUGAUUCUUGACUUUAGUAUCAAUGCCUUAACAGCAAUUAAAGAAGGAAAUGGGAUUGACGAAAGAAAGUAUACUCUUUUGGCCAUAUUGGUUGACUCAUUGCUUCAUAAUCUUACGGAGAUCUUAACAUUAUCUGAAAGCAAAGAGUUGAAUGCCAAAAUUAUCGAGAUCUUGUUGUUAUUGGUGGAUGGUAGUUAUAUUGAUGACGAUGACACUCGAUCAAGGUUUGUGCCAGCGUUGACCAAAGCUUUGGAUAAACCUCAAAGUCAAUUGGACCAAAAGGAUAAAGCAAACUUAUUGACUUCAUUAUCAGCUAUAAUCAUUGAUUAUAACUGUACUUUUGAAGAUCUUGAACUGUUAUACAUUGUAUGUUCUAAAGGGUUGAAGAUGUUCACGGAAACCAACAUUAGAAACUCAUUGGUUAGUGUAUUCCAAAGUAUUGGUUUGAAAUUUCAAGAGUAUAACCAAGUAGGCAAUUUGAUUGAAGAGCUUAAUUCCUUCUCCAAGAAGAGAAUCAGUGAACCUGAUUUCCAAACAAGACUCGAAGCUUAUAAGAAGAUCAAUGAAGAAUUAUAUUUGGUGUUGAGUCCAAUCCAAUGGGUUCCAUUGAUUUAUAAUUCCUUAUACUUUAUUAAUUUCGAUGAUGAGUUGGCGUUGAGAACAAGUUCCACUUAUAUGUUGAACCGUUUCAUUGAUUGUUUCUCCAAUAGACCUUCGAUGGAAGAUGCCAAACCAUAUAUUCAUGUUUUAAAGGAUAACAUCUUGCCUUAUUUGAGAAUAGGAUUAAGAAACAAGAAUGAAACCGUUCAAACAGAAUAUAUUAGUUUCCUUUCCCAUAUAGUUGGGCUGGCAAAAUACUUUGAUGAUUUCAACGAUAUGAAGGUGUUGUUAUUUGGUAAUGAUGAAGAAGCCAACUUCUUUAACAAUAUUAACCAUAUUCAAUUGCAUCGUCGUCAAAGAGCACUCAAAAGAGUCGUUGAGUUUAAGAGUCAAUUGCUGGAAAACACUGUUGCUCAUUAUAUCUUACCAUUGGUUGAACACUAUUGUAUUUGUACGGAUGAUAAGAUGAGAAACAUUGCUAACGAAGCACUCAACACUUUGACUCAAUUGAUAAAGGGUGUUAAUUGGAACCAAUAUAGGGCCUUGUUCAAAAGAUAUAUUGGAAAUAUCAAGACUGCCAAACCUGAAGUAUUGAAAGAUCAUGUUUCCUUAGUUGUGGCUAUGUCUUCAAGUUUCAAAGACUCACAUCAUCAUGAUAAUGAUGAUAAUGACGAUAUCAUUAAGAAUAUACCAAAGGAUCAAUUGGAUAUUGAUAAAUAUGUUCUUGGUGAAUUGACUCCCACGUUAUUGGCCAUUUUAAAUAAAAGAGACGAUGAAACCAUCAUCGCCAGAGCUCCAAUAUGUGAAGCCUUGACCAUGUUGAUAUUAACAAUAUCACCUGAUCAAAUUGAAAAGGAAUUACCUGGUAUAUUGACCAACACUUGUCAAGUGAUGCGUUCUCGUUCUGAAGAAUUAAGAGAAGCUAUACGGAAAACUCUUGGGAGAAUUGCUAAUAUCCUUGGACCCCAAUACUUUAAGUUCAUUAUUAAGGAGUUGAAAACAGCCUUAUCAAGAGGUUCCCAAAUCCAUGUUCUAAGCUAUACUGUUCAUUACCUUUUGGUAUCGAUAUCCACUGGGUUUACCCAUGGAGAUUUGGAUGAAUCUGUCGUUGAAGUCGUUGAAAUCAUAAUGGAAGAUAUCUUUGGUUCAGCUGGUCAAGAAAAAGAAGCUGAAGGGUAUCAUAGUAAAAUGAAGGAAGUCAAAUAUAAAAAGAGUUAUGACAGUGGAGAAAUCUUGUCAUCGUUUGUAUCUUUGAGUCAAUUUGGUAGUUUGAUUGAACCCAUUAAAUUGUUGCUUAAUGAAACUCUUUCGAACAAGGUGGAAAAUAAAUUGGAUGAAUUAUUGAAACGUUAUGCUCUUGGACUUAAUCAUAAUCAAGAAGCUUCUUCGACUUCCAGAAUCCUUCAAUUAAGUUAUGAAGUGCACAACCAAUCAGCAUCGAUCUUGGAGGUAAAGACUUCUACUAAACCUAAACCUGUUUCAGAAGUUGAAGAUCAUUUCUUAGUGAAAUUGAACUCCAAGGUUUUAAAACCCCAAGUGGAAUACUCCCAAUAUAUUGCAACAUUACAAAAGUUUUCCUUUGAGAUCUUGAAGGCUGCUAUCACUAGAAACCCUGAUUUAUUAUUAAAACCUGAAUUGUUGCAAGGAUUUGUUCCCUUGUUGGAACAAGGACUUAAAUCGACCAAUGAAGGGAUCAAUAUUUCUUGUCUUCGAGUUUUGAAUCAAAUUAUUAGACUUUCAUUCCCUGAAGAGACGGAAAACAUCUUCACUACUUGUACUAGAAGUACAUUGACCUUUGUGAAGGAUAGCCCUUCCACCAAUUCGGAACUAUGUCAAGCCAGUUUGAAAUUGUUGGCAACUAUUAUUAGACAUAAACCGAAUAUUCCAAUCAAACAUACCACCAUAAGUUAUUUAUUGCUCAGAUUACAACCUGAUUUGGAAGAACCCAACCGUCAAGGUUUGGCAUUCAAUUUCUUAAAGGCUGUUGUAUCUCAACAUAUAAUGAUACCUGAAGUCUAUGAUACUAUGGAAAAAGUAUCCAAGAAUAUGAUUGUUAAUCAUGCAAAGGAAAUUAGAGAUAUGGCUCGGAACAUCUAUUUCUUAUUCUUGAUGGAAUAUGAUCAAGGUAGAGGGAAAUUGGAGAACCAAUUUAAGUUUUUGGUGAAUAACUUGAACUAUCCAACUCAAGAAGGAAGACAAUCGGUCAUGGAAUUGCUUCAUUUGAUUAUCAACAAAUGUGGAGAACAAUUAUUGAAAAAAUUAAGUUCAUCAUUCUUUGUAGCAUUAGCCAAUGUUCUUAUUAAUGAUGAUUCUCCUAAAUGUCGUGAAAUGGCUACGAGUUUAAUCUCUGGUAUGUUCAAGAAACUCCAAGUUAAAAACAUGAGUAAAUUUGAAGAUUAUAUCAAGGCCUGGCUUGUUCAAGAUAACCUUUUAUUAAGAAGAUGUGGGUUCUUGGUGUACAGAAUUUAUAUCUCUGUAUUUGGUUUUGGAUCCAAUGAACAACUUGAUACGAUUGCUUUGAGUAAUAUCAAACUUGUGUUGCAAAGUUCCACCAGUUCGAAUGGUGAUGCCAAUUGGGAAUAUGUUUAUGUGACGUUGAACGUUUUUACAACGAUAGCCAAUAGUUUGGAAUCAUCUGAGAUCUUAUCAACUAAAUUUGGUUCAUUAUGGUAUUUGAUAUUUGAUACCUUAUUAUUUCCUCAUGCUUGGGUUCGUCUUGUGGCCAGUAAAUUAGUUAAUUUUGUCUUGACUAAUAUGUCUGAUUGCAAGUUCCCAAUUAGUGAUUAUCAAAUUCAAACUCUUGCUUAUAGACUGCUUCGUCAAUUGGGAGCACCUCUGAUUUCUGAGUCCAUGGGAUCUCAAGUGGUUAAGAAUUUGGUAUUGAUAUCCAUGCAUUGGGAAGCCAACAAUGUGAAGUAUCAGAAGACAAACCCAGUUGAUAAUGAAGAAGAUGAUGAUGAUGAUGAUAAGGAAUCGUUAACCUACACCUUUGCUAUUGAGUUAAUUGUCAAGAAGAUUGCAGGGAUAUUAAGACUGGAACAUAAUUAUAAAAAUUCAUUUCAAUCCAAGAAAUCGUCUAUUCAAUUGGCAGCUAUGUUAACCCAAAUUGUAUCUCAACAAAGACUUGCAUUUGUUGUGGAGCAGAUUCUUCUUGCAUUGUACAACUUUACUGAAUUGAAUGCCAAUAACAGUGAACAAGAAACAGAAUUGGUCAAUUUAACUUUGGAAUGUAUGCAAAUGUGUGAAGCGAAAUUAGGCACAACAGAAUAUACUCUAAUAUAUUCUAAAGUUAAACAUCAAAUCCAACAACGAAGAGUUGAUAGAAAGACAAAGAGAGCACAAAUGGCAAUAUCAAAUCCAGAAGCUGCUGCACUGAGAAAGCUAAAGAAACAUCAAAGAGGAAGAGAAAAGAGGAAACAUGAAAAGGAUGAUAAUGGAUUUUAUAGAUCUAAAAAGAACAGAUUCAGUUAA